AUGGCAGCACCGUCGUUCGACCACGUCCUCAACUCAAGACGUCGGCGCGACUUUGCUCGUGAUGUGCUGCCCUCGAACGAUCCUUUCCCAUCUCCACCUGUCCGAUUCAAUCCGUUUCGAACUGCACACUGCAAUGCUGAGCUGGCACUCGCUGCCAGAACCAUCAUCCCUCGUGCGAGCCCCGAAACGUUACGUCCGAUUUUCGAACGAUUUGCAUCGAAGGUCGACAAGGAUGGCAAAAAGUAUAUGACUUCAGAGGAUUUCAUUAGAAAGUAUCUCGGCUUGUAUACUGAAGAAAACUACAACCGUGAGUCCGUGAGGUUGCUGGCCUCUGCGGCAGACACGACAAAGGAUGGCGACAUUUCAUUUGAAGAAUUUUGUGCCUUUGAAGCUCUUUUGUGCAGUCCGGACGCACUGUACCUGACAGCGUUUGAGCUCUUCGACCGGAACGCAUCCGAUUCGAUCACCUGCGAUGAGUUCGAAGCGGUCAUCCGACACACCCAACCACUUCACGACAUGGAUUUUGACUUCAACUCGGAGUUCAUCAAGAAGUACUUUGGCGUUGACAAGCAGCGGAGCAUUGCCUAUCAUGCGUUCACGCAGUUGUUGCAUGAUUUUUAUGAAGAACAAGGAAUGCAAGCUUUCAAGAGAUAUGACAAGAAAGGAGACGGUACGAUCAGUUCGGUGGAUUUCCAGCACAUUAUGACAACUGUGAAGAAGCACCUUCUGACGGAUUUCGUGCGAAACAAUCUCAUUGCGGUGUCUGGGGGAGGCGCCAGUGGACAUAAGGUCACCUUCCCGUACUAUGCUGCUUUCAACAGCCUGCUGGCGAAGAUGGAACUUAUCAAACGAGUUUAUGUGAGCCAGGCAAGAGGCAAUGUGGAUCUGGAGAUGACGAAAGAGGAGUUCCUGCUGGCUACUCAAAGUUAUGCUCAGAUAACACCCUAUGAGGUUGAGAUUCUAUUUCACCUAUCCGAACUGGCACAUCCUGGUAAGAAGACAUUGUCGCUGAAAGACAUCGAACUGAUAGAUCCGGAACGACUGAAAAGAGUCUCACACAUGGAGCGACUUAUCAACGUCAAAGCAGUUGCAAGCAAGGAGGAACGAGGUUUUGGAACAGCGGUGUUGGAGUCGGCAUACCGUUUCCUGCUAGGUUCCAUAGCAGGAGCGUGCGGUGCCACCGCAGUUUAUCCCAUUGAUCUCGUGAAAACAAGAAUGCAGAAUCAAAGGACUGGGUCCUUUGUGGGUGAAAUCAUGUACAAAAAUAGCUUGGACUGCUUCAAGAAGGUGAUCAAAUUCGAAGGUCUGCUUGGACUCUAUCGUGGUCUUCUACCUCAAAUCGUUGGUGUUGCACCAGAGAAAGCCAUAAAACUGACAAUGAAUGAUUUCGUCAGAGACAAGUUCACAAAGGAAGGGAAAAUCCCCCUGUGGGCAGAGAUUUUUGCCGGUGCUUGUGGUGGUGGAAGUCAGGUAGUGUUCACGAAUCCGUUGGAAAUUGUGAAGAUUCGACUUCAGGUGGCGGGUGAAAUACAGACAGGACAGAAGAUAAAUGUGUUCACAGUUCUAAAGGAACUAGGAUUCCUCGGUCUCUACAAAGGCGCUCGAGCGUGCUUUCUUCGUGACGUUCCAUUUUCGGCCAUAUACUUCCCAGCUUACGCUCAUGCAAAGCUGGCCACCGCAGAUGAAGACGGCAUCAACCAUCCUGGCUCUUUGUUUGCUUCCGCUUUCAUUGCUGGAGUUCCGGCUGCUGGUUUGGUUACACCUGCAGAUGUAAUCAAAACGAGAUUGCAAGUAGCCGCUAGAGCAGGGCAGACUACCUACUCCGGAGUAAUUGACUGUGCCCGAAAGAUCAUGAAAGAAGAAGGUCCUUCCGCAUUCUGGAAAGGAACAGCGGCUCGUGUAUGUCGUUCAAGCCCACAGUUUGCUGUCACUCUGCUGACUUAUGAGGUGCUGCAACGAUUAUUUUACGUCGACUUUGGUGGUCUUCGGCCGACUGGAUCUGAGUCUGCUACAACGAAGACGGUGCUGGACGACAGUUCUUUGAAUCCGGAUCACGUGGGUGGAUAUCGGUUGGCCGCUGCCACGUUCAGCGGCAUUGAGCACAAGUUCGGCUUAUUCUUGCCGCGAUUCGAGAGAGCUUCGCAGUAG